GGUUCCGGUUCGCCUCUGCACCUGUGGCGAGGGCCAGCGGCCAUGGCGUACUUCACUGUGCAGAGGGUGGCGUUGGCCUCGGGGCUCGUCCUGGCUGUGUCGCUGCUGCUGCCCAAGGCCUUCCUGUCCCGCGGAAAACGGCUGGAGCCGCCACCUGCUCCCGAAGGGAAGUUGGGUCGAUUUCCACCCAUGAUGCAUCAUCACCAAGCGCCCUUAGAUGGCCAGAACCCUGCGGCUCGCGUCCAGAGGUCUCAUCUUGCAGAGGCUUUUGCAAAGGCCAGAGGAUCAGGCGGAGGCACUGGAGGAGGAGGAGGUAGUGGAAGAGGCCUGAUGGGGCAAAUUAUUCCAAUCUAUGGUUUUGGGAUUUUUUUAUACAUACUGUACAUUCUAUUUAAGCUCUCAAAGGGGAAAACUACUGCAGAGGACCGGAAAUGCUCUACCGCCACCCCUGGAAACGCCUACAGGAAAAUUACCAAUUUUGAGCUUGUUCAACUGCAAGAAAAACUGAAGGAGACAGAGGAAGCCAUGGAAAAAUUAAUCAAUAGAGUGGGACCUAAUGGUGAAAGCAGAGCACAGACUGUGACUUCUGACCAAGAAAAACGAUUGCUGCAUCAGCUCCGAGAAAUAACCAGGGUCAUGAAAGAGGGAAGAUUCAUUGACAGACACACUCCAGAGAAAGAAGCUGAGGAGGCCCCUUACAUGGAGGACUGGGAAGGUUACCCUGAAGAGACUUAUCCAAUUUAUGACCUUUCAGAUUGCACCAAGCGUAGGCAAGAAACCAUCCUGGUGGAUUACCCUGACCCAAAAGAGCCCUCUGCUGAAGAAAUAGCUGAAAGGGCGGGAGUGCCAGAAGAGUCUGACCACGUGGCCUGGGAAAUGCCCAUGAACCCCAGAGCCCGGGAAGAUCAUUCUGUUACCUCAUGUGACCCAAAGCCAGAAAUGUGUCCCUGCUGUUUUCAUGAAGAAGAGGAUCCCGCUCUCUUGGCAGAGAAUGCUGGAUUCAUUGCAGACAGUUACAGUGAGCAGGGGGGAGCCACCACAGACGUGUGGCCCCAGGACUUCGGAGAGGAGGGGUUGAGUGUCAGCGCCCUCCGAGCAAGUACAGAUGGGACCAUUCAAGGACAGAGGUCCGACAGUCCACUAAGAGUAACAGAUGGUUCACCUGUGAACAAACAUCAGCUUACACGUGAGGAGGAUGUAAGGUGGCAAGAGUGAAGAUUUCAGAGUCCAGGAUGCCUUACUCUUUGGGCCUUGAGCAGGUUAGUGGUCCCCUGGACUCAAGAACAGAACAUUCUGUUUUGGGAGACGAUGGGGCCAGAGCAGGGUGGAACUCUGCUCUCUGAGCCCCUUCCUCACAGCAAGGGCCAAAAAACCCGCACUGUCCUGAAAAUGAGCUCGGAGGCCUGUUGGGGGACUGUUUUGCUCUCAUUUUGCCUGGAUCUCUGGCUUCCUUUAUCCCUGUUCUGUUUAACAGAACUGCCAAACCAAGAAGCACGACUGUACGUCUCGUCUUCAGUGGCCAGAGGAGGCUGUAGGUAGAGACUUUAGUCCUUGCCCUGCAGAGCCAAGGUUUGAGGCUGCAGGAGAGCCUGCCCAAGGGUAUGGUCCUGCCAUCAGCCUCAGAAGGCCAGGGGGCCAGUGAUGGGAGCCACCCUGUGCCUCUGUGGCCAGUCCUUGCCUUGAAGCUGGCUUUGAAUGUUGUGUCCUCUGUGAAAUUGGUUUUCACAACCACAAGACUUGAAACAGAAACGAGGAGGACUGAACUUGUAGACAAGGUGCCAGACCGACAGGGAAGUUGCAGAGUGUGUCCGUUGAGAGAACCAGUGUGGCAGUGCCUGGGGAAGAGGCCAUUUAUUUGUCUGUAUUCAGGUAUCUGGGUCCCCUGAGACCUGGGGACAGUAGGAAGUGGGUUAGUACUGUAAGGAUUUUGACCAAACUACAGGCCUAAUUUCUAAGCUGCCAUCUGUCUUCUUGAGUCAAGACAGCAGCCGUGUAUUCUGUCUCGUGAGGAUGAGUGAAUCCAGUUUACAUGUAAGACCUGAGAGUUUAAAGAGGAUGCCUUCCUGAGGACGUUCCCAGUCAUGAAAUGCGGAAGACGUCAAAUUUAAGAAAUUAUGUAAAGGUAGAUGUGGCUUUUAGGGUUUCAUAGUUCUUGGCACAAGAGGCCAGGAAAAUAAAUCACACAUAUAAGCAUACAGCCCACUGUCAGGAGUAUGGGAUCAUUACGGCAGUGGUAGUCACUCCUGGGAGUGUCCUCUUAGGUCAGUGGACUACAGAGAAGUCACUGAAGACUGAGUCUAUAGAAAGUUUAUUGCAUCUGUCUCAGUGUGGAACAUUUGAUUCACUUGUAACAAAUGCAGUUUAAAACGUGCCGUGAACAAUCUAGAUGUAAUGCAAUGCUAAAGGUAAACAGUAAUGUAGGUGCUCUUUAUUCUUUGGAUAAAUUGUUUUCCAUGUCAUUUCCCUUACAACACAAUGAGGGGUUGAUUUAUGAGGAGAGUCCUGGGUCCCUCUUUCAAAUUUCUUUUCUGUCUUGGGAUAUGAUGCUCUUGUUAGAGAUACACGUUUCCUUCUAGCUUAUUCAUUCAUCUAUUCAUUUGGCAGACACUGCUCAGAACCAGGCAAUGGGAACAGAAGGCUCAAGUCCUACCUUUUAAAAACUCUGUUUAAUAUGGGAGCCUUAUCCAAUUUAUUUUUUUUUAAUGAACUAGACACUAUAAAAGUGCUCAAGUGCAUUCUGCAGGCAGAACUGUGUCAGUCAUGACCGUCCCGGCCUGUUCUCACGGCAGGCUCCUGUCAGCCCAUAAGCGUUCCAAGUCUUGGCUUUCUCAUCUGUAGAGCAGGGGUUCCCCCCGGGGUGGUUCUGAGAAUUAAAUGACACCGUCAGUGCCUAGAAGACAGCACUGUCCUGUCUUGUGCAUGGUAACCGCUCGGUAAGUGGUAGCUAAGUUCUGUGCUAUAAUUGAGAUACGGACCCCAAUCUACAGGAAAACAGAGAAUUUUUGCCAAAGAACGUUGCUGAGGCAGUGGAUGUGGAGGCGUGCUGAGAGACUGGAGCCGGCACGGAGCAGAGGACACGCUGGCAGGAAGAGUGGUGUUGAGGAAGCAGUGGGGUCUAAAAGUAUAUGGGUGUUCAGGUACUUUGAAGAGGCUGCUAUAUAAGGCGUUGCAUAACCAAGUCUUUAUUUUGAAUGUUAAUAUUUGGGGGAAAUUGGCUUUUGGAAAUGGUUCUGCCAGAAGUACUAAGACCUCAUGGUGGCUCUUGCCGCUCUAGGCCUUGGUGAGUUUAUAUAGCAGGAAUAUAUGUAUUUGUCAGAAAUCCUAUGUACUUCUCAAUCAUUUCAGAUUAGACAGUCCUUUUUUGCACUUUCUAGAGUUAUUUUGUCCUUUGGGGAUGACCAUUACAUGUGAACAUACAACCCAAGAUGACCAAAAUCAUGGGACUGGUUUUUAUUAUCAUGCCUGAGGCCUCCUUGGUCAUUCCUCAGAGGUCAUCAUUUCUCAGAACUGGUGUGGGCUGUGAGCUUGGUCACUCCCCUCGCGCCAGGUCUGCAGCGGCCCUUGGGCACUGUGGCAGAGCAGUCACGCCUCUGGGGGCAGGUGGUCCGCCUAGGAUACAUCUGCAUCGCCUGGGAGCGGGCUUGGUAAAUCAGGUGGGUGACCCAGCCAGGAGAUGCUCUUGCCUGGUCCUAGCUGGAGGCACAUUGGGCCUCUGGGAAAGAUGGCCUAGAGCCAUACGUCUGCACCUCAGAGGGCUUGGGUGAUCCAACAACUCGCGGUCCAAACUGGGACACCUGGGAAAAGGGAGCUUUAAUAAUCAUCAUGCCAGGAUAAUAGGCAUACACCAGCACUAUCCUAGACAUACGGUCACUGUCCACGGUAUUUAAAAAGACUUCUCCUCCACCUGGCCACUAAAUGACGAGACCUCCCUCACAAUACCCUGCACGUGUCUCUCCUAUAGAGGCAGAGGCAGAGCUAAGGAGGCCGCGGUUCCGGCAGGAAACGCUCUUGCCAAUGGAAAAACUCCAAACUGGGGGCGAUAAAGCAAGCCUCCUUAUUACCGCAUUCUGAAAUCUCCCCUUAACCAGACUGUAUUCGAAAGAAAGAUGUAGUUCUUCAGCAAUAUUGAGAAAAAAAGAGGAAGUAGCUGUGACAUUUCCUUGACCCUUUUUAUACAUAUCUUUGUAAAAUGCACCUAACCUUUCCUCAUUUUUCCCCCCGUUUUUCUACACAAAUAGGGCAAACUUCUUUUAUUAGUUUGUUUCUUCCCUGAGCACGUUUCCUCAUUUAUGAGGAGUUUAGAAUGACACCCACCGUGCAAGGCUGUGAGGAUAAUGGAGAUACGGUUUAUAGAGCAUCUGUCCCAGGGCGCUGCAUGCUGUGGGUGCUCACGACAGCAUCACCGCUGUCACAGUGUCCUGUGCUGCUGCUCUGACACCCUCCAGGCUGUGGGCGACUUGCAUUUUGACCGCCUCCCUCAGGGUCAGACUGUCACCUUUCAUGUCUACUUCCAGCUACAAUGGACGGAUGGCAGCCUCCCUUGUUCUUGGUUUCAGACCUGCCACAGGCUGCAAAGAAGAUUCCCGAGCAUGUGGAGUCCUGUUUAAGUGGGUCAGGCUCUGCACAGGG